AUGGGCUCCGGCCAAACGAAGCCGGAAAUCCUCUCUCGGCUGAUGGAAGAGACUCGGAAUCAUGGCUUUAUGCCCUUCCAAGUCCACCGGACAUCAACUGGCUACAUCUACAACAGAAUCUGGGCAGCGAUCAAGCGCGAAACACUACUUACGCUGGCUGAAGGUGUCGCCAGCCCGGAAGAAAUCGACUCCAUCUUCAAAGAUGUACUCAAGACGCCGAAAGGCCCUUGCGAGCAGAUGGAUGUCGUGGGGCUGGAUGUUGUUCUUGACAUCGAACAACAUUAUGCCGACGUGCGGCAGGGAAUCCCCGAAGAACCUCGCGCACUGCUGCGCAAGAUGGUAGCGCAGGGAAAGCUCGGGGUCAAGUCUGGAUCGGGGUUCUAUGAAUAUGCCGAAAGCUCGAAACCAGUAGACUGA